GGUGCGCACGUGACGUCUAUCAGUAACACCCUUGUCGACUGACCCACUAGCAGCCUUCAAGACAAGACACAAUACCAUGGCGAACAAGAAAAAAGGCUCUGCAAAGAAAAAACAGCCAGCCGAAGUCUCAGUGGAGAUUCCUGCUGCUGGUAGCUCUUCGGCGCCGUCCGACUCGUCCCCACCCAAAGAAGCGAUUAAGGAACAGGGAAAUAGUGCUUUCAAGGCAAAGCAGUACACCGAAGCCGUAGAAUUGUAUACCAAAGCCAUUGAUAUGAGUCCUGCGGAACCAUCCUAUCUCACUAAUCGUGCUGCUGCCCACAUGGCUCUUAAACGCUUCCGACCCGCUCUCGUAGAUUGCCAGCAGGCAGCCACCCUACAAUCCGAUAACCCAUCCUCAAAAACCCUGAUCCGUCUCGCCCGUUGUCAACUCGCUCUCGGCGAGUCUGAAUCCGCGCUGAAAUCACUCUGCACCGCAUUAUCCCUAGAGCCUUCAAAUACUACUGCUCUGCAACUACAAGGAAAAGUACAGGAACUCGAGCGUCACUUGCGCAACUUUGACUCUGCAAAACGCAAGAGAGACUGGGGACUCGGUCGUCUCGCUUUGGACAAGUGCUUUCAAAGUAUGGAUGCAGAGGGAGGCGAAGCGCCUAUUCAAUGGCGACUGUGGAGAAUAGAGCUCGAGCUGGGUCGGGCGAAUUGGGAUGCUGCUAACAUCGCCGCAAACGAUUUACUGAGGUUGGAACCCAAUUCUCCAGAGGUCCUUACACUUAGGGGCCUUCUGCUCUUCCUUUCUGGGAAGCUACCAGCAAGCCAUACAGCACAUCCUGGACACGGAGAUGCAUCCCGAUUACGGAAACGUAUCAAAGAUGUCGAACGGCUUAAGGAAGAGGGUAAUACCGCCUUUAAAAGCGGAAAGCUCCAAGAUGCUGUGGACCGAUAUACGGAAGCCUUGGAGCGGAUAGGUGAUGCAGAGGAAGAAGGAAAAGGCGGUCAGAUACGCGCCACGCUACUCUCUAAUCGCGCUACCACACAGCUCAAGUUGGAGCGUUAUGAAGAGGCACUUGCAGAUACGGAAGCUUCGCUGACGCUGUGUUCGACAUCCUUCAAGGCACUGCGGACCCGGGCACGCAUUAAUCUACACCUCGAAAAGUUGGAUGCUGCUGUGGCAGACUUCAAAGCUGCCAUCGAGCAAGCUGGUGUAGAGGGCGCGGACGCGGACGCCAGAACUCUCAGGGUUGACCUCAAAAAGGCGGAAGCGGCCCUUAAAAGGAGCAAGACGAAAGAUUAUUACAAGAUCCUUGGCUUGUCGAGGGACUGCAUAGAAGCUGAUAUCAAGAAAGCAUAUCGCCGAGAAAGCUUGAAACAUCACCCAGAUAAGGGUGGCGACGAAGAGAAAUUUAAACUCGUUGUCGAAGCACACGCAGUUCUUUCCGACCCACAACGGCGUCAAAGAUAUGACAUGGGUGAAGAUGAGGACGGCCAGACAGACCCAUCGAUGGGUGGCAUGAAUGGAUUCCGCAUGAAUCAUGCGGAUCUGGCCUCUCUAUUUGCGCAGUUUGAUGGAGGACCAUUCGGUGGAGGAGGACGCGGACAGUUCGGUGGAGGCGGAGGUUUCCGUUUCCAUACCUCACCUAUGAAUGAUGACUUCGACUUUUGAAUAUCGAGACGCA